AGAGAUCGGCCAAAGCCAAGGGUGAUUCAGAGUUGGCGGCCUUGAAGGCCGAACUCGAUGCAUUGAAGAAGGAAUUAGAAAAGUUAAGAGCAGAAAACGGUAAAUACAGAAACGAGCUGGACGAUUUAGAAAGACAACUAGCAGCUUUGAAGAAUGAACUGCAAGCGUGCAAAGAUGAGCUUGCUGCGUUGAGAGACGCGAAUAACGCAUUACGGGCCGAGUUGGAAAAUCUAAAGAACUUGAAGAACGAAUUCGACAAGUUGAAGGCUGAGUUUGACGCUCUAAAAGCGGAAAAUGAGAAACUUUUACAAGAUAAAAAGAAGUUGGAAGAUGAUAACGGCAAAUUGAGGGGCGAAGGCGACGGUCAAAGGGCGGAGAUCGACAAACUGAAGGGGGACCUGGCCGCGGAGAAAGCAGCUGCCGAGAAAUUGAGAGCAGAUCUAAAAAAUUGUCAGGAUGAGAACGAUAGACUGCAAGCGCAAUUAAACGAGAUGAAGAAAGACUUGGAUAACUUGAAGAGUGAGAAUGAACGCAUGAAGAAUGAGCUUGCCGAAUUGAGGAAGGCGCUUGCUGCGGCCGAGGCCAAGCUGAAAUCUUUGGAAGAUGAAUUUGCGAAACUGCGAGCCGAGAAAGAGGAGUUGCUGAACGAACUCAAACGUCUCCGCGACGAGUUGAAUAAUUUGAAGAACGAAUUGGAGAAAGAAAGAGCGGCGAAAGACGCGGCCCUGAAGGAAUUGGCUGACUUGAAGGCAGAAUUAGGCAAUUUGAGAGCGGCGUUAGACAAGGCCAACGCCGAGAACGAAGCGCUGAUGAAUGAGAACAAGAAGUUGAAAGCGGAUCUGGCGGACUUGAAUAAACAAGUCGAAGCGCUGAAGAAAGAAAACGCGGACUUGAAGAAAGAAAACGAACGCUUGAAGAAAGAGAAUGCAGACCUCGCGGCAGAUCUGGCUGACACGAAGGAUAAACUGGCAGACGCAGAGAAGAGACUGAAGGACUUGGAGAAUCAGAACGAUUAUUUGAAGAGUCGUAUCGCCGAUCUUGAGGAUGCCAUGAAAGAGCUCGAUGCUUUAAGAAAACAACUGGAAGAUGCUAACAAAGAAUUGGCCAGAUUGAGACCAGAGCUUGACAAGCUGAGGGCGGAGAACGCGAGGCUGCAAAAGGAGGCGAAUAAAUUGAAGAAUGAUUUGGAUAAAUUGAAAAAUGAUUUGGAUAAAUUGAAGAGAGAUUACAAUAAUGUGUUGUCCGAAUUGACUAAACUGAAGGAGGAGAAAGAGAAACAGAAGGAACGCGAUGCGGCGUUGUUGAAAGAAUUGGAGAAUCUGAGGAAAGAGAACGAGGAGUUGAAAGAUAGGAACGCCAAGCUGAAGAGUCAGUUAUACGAUUGCCAGGCGGAACUUGAAAGGUUGCGCAAGGAAUUGGAAGCCUUGGAGAGCGAAUACGCCAAGCUGAAAG